AUGGGGAUUCACUGUACUCCUGAUAUGAAGGACUUUCAAGACUGCAUGGAAGAUCUCGAGCUCAUGGACCACCCUUUCCUUGGACCAUUAUUUACUUGGUCCAAUAAGCAAGAAGGCUCUUUCUUGGCUCGUAAGUUGGACAGAAUCCUUGUUAAUGACCGUUGGCUGGUGGAUUUCCCUGAUUCAUUUGUUGAAUUCAAGGCCCAGGGGGUAUCUGACCAUUGCCUGGGUAUGCUGUGGACUCAUAAGGGAAUUAUGGCAAAGAACCCUCAUCCAUUCAAGUUCUUUAACAUUUGGUCUGAUCAUGAGAAAUUCCUAGAUGUUGUUAGGGAUUCUUGGCAGGGCCAAUGUGUUGGUGAUGCUAUGAAGAUUCAUGCUGAUUUAGUUGAUUUAGAAGUUGCUGAAGCUGUUUUCUAUAGACAGAAAGCCAAGGUCCAUUGGAUAAGGGAGGGUGACUUGAAUACAAAGUUUUUUCAUCAAAGGGUCCUCUCCAACAAGAAGAGGGACACUAUUAGGGUUAUUAAGAGUGAGGAUGGGCAGUGCUAUGAUUCUUUUGAAGGAAUGUCUACUGAGCUAGUGGGUUAUUUCACCAACCUCAUUGGCUCCCCUGAUUCUCUUGUAAAAGGGUGUUCAGCUGAAUCUUUGAAGGACCUUCUGAACUACCCUUUGCCUGAUGGUGCAGAUACCUUCCUUACAAAGGAGGUCAGUGAUUUGGAGAUUAAAGAUGCUCUCUUUAAGCAAGGUAAGGACAAAAGCCCUGGCCCUGAUGGUUAUACUUUUGGUUUCUUCAAAUCUGCCUGGAGCAUUGUAGGCAGUGAUUUUAUUGCUGCCGUACAGCUUACUCCUUAUUUCCCUAGCAUGAUUUCCUAUAACCAGUCAGCCUUUGUAAAGGGUAGGAGCAUUGUUGAUAACACCCUUUUAGCCCAGGAAAUUGUGAAAGGAUACUAUAGGAAUGGACUAUCUCCUAGAUGUGCUAUUAAAAUUGAUUUGCAGAAGGCUUUUGACUCCAUUAACUGGGACUUUCUGCUGACUGUCUUUAAGGCUAUGGGCUUUCCUGAAGUUUUCUGUUACUGGAUUAGGGAGUGUAUUACUACCCCUAUGUAUUCUGUUUGCUUGAAUGGUAGCUUGGUGGGGUAUUUCAAGGGGGCAAGGGGGAUUAGACAAGGUGAUCCCUUGUCUCCUUAUAUUUUUGUCAUGGUGAUGAAUGUUCUUUCUGCUAUGCUAAACAAAGCUGUUAAGCUUGGAAUUUUUAGAUUCCAUCCGAAAUGUAGAAGAAUCUCCCUAACUCACCUUAGCUUUGCUGAUGAUCUCCUUGUGUUCUGUCAUGGUUCCCUUGAAUCUGUUCUUGGGGUCCAAUGCACCCUUGAGGGUUUUUAUUCUCUGUCAGGACUUAAGCUCAAUGCUCUGAAGACGGAACUAUUCGCUUGUGGUUUAAGUGGGAGUUCACUUGCUCAGAUACAUUCUGUUACUGGAUUUAGAGUGGCUCAGUUACCUGUUAGAUAUCUUGGAGUGCCUCUGGUCACUCGGAAACUCUCCAUCAAGGAUUGUGUUGCUCUUUUGGUGAGAAUUAGGGACAAGCUUUCCCAAUGGUCUAGCAAGAAGCUUAGCUUUGGGGGUAGGCUUCAGCUGAUCAAGACUGUGCUACACAGUAUUUUCAAUUAUUGGAGCAGACAGCUCAUCCUCCCCAAGGGGAUUGUCAGGGACAUUGAGAGGCUAUGCAUGCGUUUUUUCUGGAAGGGCAGUGACUCUCCUGCCAGAGGAGCUCGUGUUGGAUGGAACCAAAUUUGUUCAUUGAAGUCUGAGGGUGGUCUGGGUCUUAGAGACCUAUCUCUGUGGAGUAAAGCGUGUUGCUUGCUGUUGAUCAAAAACAUUCUGGCUAAUGAAGGCUCUAUUUGGAUAGCUUGGAUUAAAGAGUAUUGUUUUAAAGCUGUGAGUUUUUGGGAAGUGAUCUGUAAAGGCCAUUUCAGUUGGAUUAUCAAAAAGCUGCUGAAGCUCCGCGAGGUGGCUAGAACUUUGUUUCUUCCUAGUACUGAUUGGCAUUUAAUUAGCAGCAAAUGGAUAUGGGAAAAUAUUAGAACUAGCAGAGAGAAGGUUAACUGGCACAAAGUCAUUUGGUUCCCUGCUCAUAUUCCGAAAUGCUCUCUCAUUUCAUGGAUGGUCAUCCUUAAUAGACUGCCCACUAAGGACAGGUUGAUUCGUUUUGGUCUGGAAAUGGACAAUGGUUGUAUUAUGUGUGGCAAUGGGCUGGAAACACGUGACCAUCUAUUUGCUAAUUGUUCCUUUGCUAAGGAGGUUUGGGAUGCUGUUCUUGUCGUGUGUGGGAUUCGUUCUGGUCUGUACAGUUGGGAUGAAUGA